CGGUAACCAGCAAGCGAGGAGCGUUUGUUUUCAUAUUUGUUCUUUUUACGUUAAUCUUUGACAUUUUCCAGUUUUCACAUUUUUCCUUUCAAUUAUGGACGAAGUGAAGAAAUUGGAACAUUUGUCUUUGGUAUCCAAAGUAUGCAGCGAGCUGGAAAAUCAUCUAGGGCUCAACGACAAAGAUUUAGCUGAAUUCAUCAUUGAUCUUGCUGAAAAAAAUGACACAUUUGAAUCUUUCAAGAAAGCUCUCAUUGAAAAUGAAGCUGAAUUUUCAGAGUCAUUUAUUGCAAAUCUUCUGCGUAUUAUACAACACAUGAAACCCAAAGCGGACAAGCCAAAACCCAAGGAACAGACAAAACAGGACAAGUUGUCUGCAAAAUUCCCUGGCUUGGCCAUUCCGAAUGACAUUUCUGCCAAAAUAAAUGGGGCGAAGGAAGAAAAACCACCAAUCAAGGAGGAAGACCUUGAUGAUGUUGUCGGUGAUGCUAUGGCUGAGUUGGAAGCACUUGCUCCAUCGAAAGAAUCGACUAGGCAGGUCAAGCCAAAACAGGAAAGGAGCAAAUCUCCAGACAAGCAUAAAAACAGAAAGGCUGACAGAAGGAGUCGCAGCCGGGAGAGUAGAAAAAAGGGCAGAAGUAGAGAAAGAAGAAGUAGGAGUCGUGAACGAAGGAGCAGGAGCCGUGAAAGAAGGAGUAGAAGUCGAGAACGGAGAAGGCGCAGCUCCAGUCGUGACAGGUCUAAAAGAAGAAGCAAAGAAAGAAGCAGGGAUCAACGAAGCAGAAGUAGAGACCGAAGGAGGAGAAGUCGUGAUCGCAGAAGGAAUAGAAGCCGCAGCCAUGAUAGAAGGAGAGAUUUUGAUUCAAGAAGAAAGAAUGGAGAUGACAAAGCAAAAGGGGACGAACCGAAUGAGCCCGAAGUUGGUAAAAUUUACCAUGGCAAGGUUGCAAACAUGGUUGCAUUUGGCUGUUUCGUUCAGCUAGAAGGGUUAAAGAAACGAUGGGAAGGGCUGGUCCACAUUUCACAAUUAAGGCGAGAAGGUCGAGUGACAAGCGUUUCAGAUGUUGUAAACAGAGGAAUGAAAGUCAUGGUGAAAGUUUUAUCAGUUACUGGACAGAAAGUUUCUCUAUCAAUGAAAGAUGUAGAUCAAGAGACUGGUAAGGAUUUAAAUCCUGUUGUAAAUCAAGCAAUGAAUAAAGAAAGGGAAGAAGAAGCUUCAAUGAGAAAUCCAGAUCGUCCGACAACACUUCUCGAAUUAGGGUCCUUCGAUGACAAUGAUGAUUUCCAAAGCAGAAAAAGAGUCAAUAGAAUAUCAUCACCUGAAAAAUGGGAAAUAAAACAGAUGUUAGCGGCUUCUUGCAUAGACAAAAGUGAACUGCCAGAUUUUGAUGAUGAAACAGGUCUACUGCCUAAAGAGGCAGCAGAGGAAGAAGACAUCGAAAUUGAAAUUGUAGAAGAAGAACCACCGUUUUUAACAGGUCAUGGUAGAAACCUUCAUGAUCUAAGUCCUGUGCGUAUCGUUAAAAAUCCAGAUGGGUCACUAGCACAAGCUGCUAUGAUGCAGAGCGCUUUAGCAAAAGAAAGGAGAGAGCAGAAGAUGCUCAACAGGGAGCAGGAAAUCGAAACAGCACCAACUGGACUUAAAAAUUGGAUUGACCCACUUCCAGACAAUGAUUCACGUUCAUUCGCAGCGAACAUGAGAGGGAUUUGGCAGACAAACCAGGACCUCCCAGAAUGGAAAAAACAUGUCAUUGGAGGAAAGAAAAGCUCAUUUGGCAUGAAAACAAAUAUGACACUUUUAGAACAAAGGCAAAGUUUACCUAUUUACAAACUGAAGGAUGAAUUGAUAAAGGCCGUAACAGAAAACCAGAUUCUUAUUGUAAUUGGUGAAACUGGUUCUGGAAAGACUACGCAGAUGACUCAGUACCUUGCAGAAGCGGGAUUUACCUCAAGAGGAAAAAUCGGAUGCACACAGCCCAGAAGAGUGGCAGCGAUGUCUGUAGCGAAAAGAGUAGCGGAAGAAUUUGGGUGCCGUCUCGGACAAGAAGUCGGUUAUACUAUACGUUUUGAAGAUUGUACAAGCUCAGAAACUGCGAUCAAAUACAUGACAGAUGGUAUGUUGUUGAGAGAAUGCCUAGUAGAUCUUGACCUGAAAAGUUAUUCUGUAAUUAUGUUGGAUGAGGCUCAUGAAAGGACUAUCCACACUGAUGUUUUAUUCGGUCUUUUAAAACAAGCGGUACAGAAGAGAGCGGAACUUAAAUUAAUUGUUACCUCAGCUACAUUAGAUGCUGUGAAAUUUUCCCAGUAUUUCUUUGAAGCUCCAAUCUUCACAAUUCCUGGUCGAACUUUUCCAGUCGAGGUACUGUAUACGAAAGAACCAGAGACGGAUUAUUUGGAUGCUUCGCUUAUCACAGUCAUGCAGAUUCAUCUGCGAGAGCCUCCUGGUGACAUUUUACUCUUUCUUACUGGGCAAGAGGAAAUUGAUACUGCUUGCGAGAUAUUAUAUGAAAGGAUGAAAUCCCUCGGACCUGAUGUACCCGAACUUAUUAUACUUCCUGUUUAUUCUGCUCUCCCUAGUGAAAUGCAAACUAGAAUUUUCGAAGCAGCUCCACCAGGUUCAAGAAAGGUUGUUAUUGCUACAAAUAUUGCUGAGACUUCGUUGACAAUCCAUGGGAUUUUUUACGUUGUUGACCCUGGUUUUGUAAAGCAAAAAGUCUAUAAUUCAAAAACAGGCAUGGAUUCUCUAGUCGUCACCCCAAUUUCGCAGGCACAAGCUAAACAAAGGGCAGGCAGAGCUGGAAGGACUGGACCGGGAAAAUGUUACAGAUUGUAUACUGAGAGAGCGUACAGGGAUGAAAUGUUACCUACUCCUGUCCCAGAAAUCCAGAGAACCAACCUCGCUACCACUGUCUUACAGUUGAAAACUAUGGGUAUCAACGAUUUGAUUCAUUUUGAUUUUAUGGAUGCUCCACCUGUGGAGAGUUUAAUAAUGGCCCUGGAACAAUUGCACUCACUCAGUGCCUUGGAUGAUGAAGGUCUCUUGACCAGACUCGGCAGAAGGAUGGCUGAAUUUCCUCUAGAACCCAAUCUAUCAAAAAUGCUCAUUAUGUCUGUCCACUUACAGUGUUCGGAUGAGAUUUUAACUGUUGUUUCCAUGCUUUCAGUACAGAACGUAUUCUACAGGCCAAAGGACAAACAAGCCCUAGCAGAUCAGAAAAAGGCUAAAUUCAACCAGGCAGAAGGUGAUCACUUGACACUUCUUGCCGUUUAUAACUCGUGGAAGAACAAUAAGUUCAGCAAUGCCUGGUGUUAUGAAAAUUUUGUGCAGAUAAGGACUUUAAAACGAGCUCAAGAUGUAAGAAAGCAGCUUCUCGGUAUCAUGGACAGACAUAAAUUAGAUGUGGUGUCUGCUGGUAAAAAUACCGUGAGGGUCCAGAAGGCGGUUUGUUCGGGUUUUUUCAGAAACGCCGCCAAAAAAGAUCCUCAGGAAGGCUACAGGACUUUGGUUGAUAGUCAGGUUGUUUACAUCCACCCGAGCAGUGCUUUAUUUAACAGGCAACCCGAAUGGGUUAUUUAUCAUGAAUUGGUCCAAACCACAAAGGAAUACAUGCGGGAGGUGACGACAAUCGAUCCAAAAUGGCUCGUCGAGUUUGCUCCAGCAUUCUUUAGAUUCUCCGACCCGACAAAGUUGAGCAAGUUUAAAAAGACACAGCGCCUUGAACCCCUUUAUAACAAAUACGAAGAGCCUAACGCCUGGAGAAUAUCCAGGGUCAGGAGGAGGAGAAAUUAAACUGUAUAUAAUGAAUUAUGUACAUAUCUUGUAAAUGAUUUGCUGUAUAACUGUAAAUACUUUAGUCUGAUGCAUUUUUCUUUAUGUAUAAAACGUAGAAUAUAUUUUUUGUUUAGUCGUU